AUGGCGGAGAUAAAAUUACAAGAGUUGAACGACUUGUUCCUUGGAACGAACAAGAUUCUUGAGCCUGAUGUGGUCUCGGAGCUUCAAUCCAUUAUGCAGAUGCAUUCCCUAACCGCCCAGGACCUGUACUUCAAAUGGGAGUCGUACUGCAUCAAGAUGGAUAUGGAUGGGAGAAGCCCAUCCGUAGAUGACCUUCGAGCACUCAAACAAGACAUUCUAGAUGCUUUGGAACGAAAUAACCGGACGCAUCAGGUUCAUGUCAAGUCAGAGAAGCGCCUCGGGGGGGCAACUCGUACUACUGCCAAAGGUGAUUCAGGCGUCUAUAGAAUGUUGGAGGGGAUGGUUCCUCAUGCCCUUGGCAGCAGGAGUAUUAAUAAUAAUGCUUCCCAAAGGCGGGACCAGCUUGAGGGCCCUUCCGUAACGCGGGUCAGAACCAACAUCUCCGGUAUCUCUCCUGGCCAGAAGACCCCUCUGCGGACCGGAAUCCAACUAAAAUCUGUCACUGCCUAUUCCAUACUAAGACAUACCAGAGAUGCCUCUGUUAACGAUCGCCGCAACCCCGGCGAAGUUUUGGAGGUAUUGAAUGGCCACCUCGACCUACCUGAGUCGCCUGUGGUGCCUUACGGAGAGUCGCGGAUCAAGCUUACCGCAACCUCAGACCAGAGAAAGUUGGGCUACAAAACCCUGGCGAUGAAGUCUUCAGAAGCAUCCGAGAUCCUCGACGACCGGAUCGAUGGAUUCGAAGCUAUGAUCAAACGGGGUCAAAAUAUUGACGAGAGCGAAUUUGGCAGUGCAGCUAGCCAAGGCACUACGGGAAUUGUUGCCGUGGGUCGUAUCGCGUCGGAUUCUUCUGAAGGCAAACUUAACGUCGCGUCUCUGGUCCUGGAGACGUCGAGGCACACUGGAGGAGGUUUAAGGGUACCUCUUAAUUUGCAGAAACUGAACGGCCGCUACCAGUUUUUCCCAGGACAGAUUGUUGCGUUUAGGGGUAUAAACACGUCGGGUCGCGAGUUCAUGGUCCAAGAGGUACUCGCAAUGCCUUUGCUGCCUAGUGCUGCAUCCACACCAGCAGUUAUCGAGACGCACCGAGAUAGGCUUAGAGGUGGCCUGGACGCGAUGCACUCGGACGGCGAGCCGGCACCAUUGAACAUAUUCUUUGGCGCGGGUCCCUAUACAUCCAACAGCAAUCUCGAUUUCGAGUCCCUACACGCCCUCUGCCGCCAGGCGGCGGACUCGUAUGCAGACGCCUUGAUUCUGACAGGUCCCUUCAUCGAUAUCGAUCAUCCUCUCAUCUCCACCGGCGAUUUUGACCUCCCGGAGGAUGUAGCCAUCGAUCCCGAUGUGGCAACGAUGGCCACCAUAUUCAAGUACUUCAUUUCCUCGGUGUUGAAUCGGCUCGUGGCAUCGAACCCGACCAUCACUAUCCUCUUGGUCCCGUCUGUGCGUGAUAUCAUCGCGAGGCAUGUGUCGUGGCCACAGGAACCCUUUCCCAGAAAGGAUCUAGGGUUGGUUAAAGCAGUGCGGAUAAUUGGGAACCCGAUGACUCUAUCCAUUAACGAGAUGGUGCUCGGGAUCUCCUCUCAGGACGUCCUUUGGGAUUUGCACCAACAGGAGCUUACGGGCGGACGGCCGAUCGAUCCCGAUCCGCUCUCGAGGGCCUCCAGAUACUUAAUCCAGCAGAGACAUUAUUUCCCUGUCUUCCCUCCGGCAGAUCGGCAGAAGCUAUCAGAGGCCGGUGCAGCAGAGGGCCUGCCGAUCGGUGCCGUGCUCGAUACGAGCUACUUGAAACUCGGCGAAAUCAUUGAUGUGAGACCUGACGUCCUGAUUUUACCAAGUGCCCUUGCCCCCUUCGCAAAGGUCGUGGACAGUGUCCUGGUUAUUAACCCGGGCUACCUUUCGAGGGCGGAGAGCAAUGGGACAUAUGCUCGCAUGGUUCUGUAUCCGCCCAAGCUGAUGACCCAGCAACUAAGCAGUGGGGGCAUGGCUAGUCACAGGGUAUUCGAGAGAGCCAGAGUCGAGAUUGUGAGAAUAUAG